ACCCGCGCGGUCACGUGAGCGGCGCGGGGCGAUGGCAGCGCACCUGAGCUCGGGGCGCGUGAACCUGACGGCGCUGCGCGAGGCGGGGCGCAGGGAGCUGCGCGAGUUCCUGGACAAGUGCGCGGGGCCCAAGGCCAUCGUCUGGGACGAGUACCUGACCGGGCCCUUCGGGCUGAUCGCGCAGUACUCGCUGCUCAAGGAGCAUGAGGUGGAAAAGAUGUUCACGCUCAAACCAGGCCGCCUGCCCCAGGCUGACGUCAAGAACAUCAUCUUCUUUGUUAGGCCCAAGCUGGAGCUGAUGGACAUCAUCACGGACAAUGUACUUAGGGAAGACAGAGGCCGCUCUCCCCAGAGGGACUUCCAUAUCCUCUUCGUGCCACGCCGCAGCCUGCUCUGUGAGCAGUGGCUGAAGGAGCAGGGCGUGCUGGGGUCCUUCAUCCACCGAGAGCAGUACAGCCUGGACCUGAUACCCUUUGAUGGGGACUUACUUUCCAUGGAGUCUGAGAGUGCAUUCAAGGAAUGUUACCUGGAGAGUGACCAGACAAGUCUGUACCACGCAGCAAAGGGGCUAAUGACACUGCAGGCUCUCUACGGAACCAUCCCACAGAUCUUUGGGAAGGGCGAGUGUGCCCGGCAUGUGGCCAAUAUGAUGAUCAGAAUGAAGCGUGAGUUCCCUGGGAGCCAGAACUCUAUAUUUCCUGUCUUUGAUACUCUUUUGCUGCUGGACCGCAAUGUGGACCUACUGACGCCGUUAGCCACACAGCUGACCUAUGAGGGGCUGAUAGACGAAAUCUACGGCAUCCAGAACACUUAUGUGAAACUCCCUCCUGAGAAGUUUGCUCCGAAGAAGCAGGGUGAGGGUGGGAAAGAUCUCCCCACAGAACCUAAGAAGCUCCAGUUGAACUCUGCUGAAGAGUUGUAUGCUGAAAUCCGAGAUAAGAACUUCAAUGCCGUAGGAUCAGUUCUGAGCAAGAAAGCCAAGAUCAUCUCGGCAGCCUUUGAGGAAAGACACCACGCAAAGACCGUUGGAGAGAUCAAGCAGUUUGUCUCACAGCUGCCACAUAUGCAGGCUGCAAGGAGUUCUCUAGCAAACCACACCUCCAUCGCAGAACUCAUCAAAGACAUCACCACAUCUGAAGAUUUCUUCGAUAAUUUGACGGUGGAACAAGAGUUCAUGUCUGGAAUAGACACAGACAAGGUUAACAACUACAUUGAAGACUGCAUAGCUCAAAAACAUCCAUUAAUAAAGAUCUUGCGUCUCAUUUGCCUGCAAUCUGUCUGCAACAGUGGAUUAAAGCAGAAGGUUCUGGACUACUACAAAAGAGAGAUUCUGCAGACCUAUGGCUAUGAACAUAUAUUAACUUUAAACAACUUGGAGAAGGCAGGACUCUUGAAAUCUCAGACAAGUGGAAGGAAUAACUACCCAACCAUCAGGAAGACCCUGCGCUUAUGGAUGGAUGAUGUGAAUGAACAGAACCCCAACGACAUCUCAUAUGUGUACAGUGGCUAUGCUCCACUCAGUGUACGCUUGGCACAGCUACUGGCUCGGCCAGGCUGGAGAAGCAUAGAGGAGGUUCUAAAGAUGUUGCCAGGUCCCCAUUUUGAGGAGAGGCAGCAGUUACCUACUGGCCUUCAGAAAAAGCGUCAGCAUGGUGAGAACCGAGUCACACUGGUGUUCUUCCUGGGAGGAGUAACGUACGCUGAAAUUGCUGCACUGAGGUUUCUGUCCCAGAUGGAAGAUGGAGGCACAGAGUAUGUCAUUGCCACUACAAAACUGAUCAAUGGGACCAGCUGGAUCAAAUCCCUGAUGGAAAAACUGGAGCCUGCCCCUUUCUAGGGUCUGUGGGGAGCAAUAGUAAAAGCAAGAAGUCCUGUGUGACACAGACAUAUCAACUUCUGUUCUUCUGGCACAGCAGCUUGAACAUCAGAGAAACACAACCAUGAAAGAAGCUCUCCUGCACCCAGCUUGUGCUGCAGUUAUCCUCAUCCCUCUCUGCAUUUGCAUUCCUGCUGCCUGUGGUACUGCCAAGUAGCCAAGCAGCACAGAAAGCCACUAACAAGCUGGGAGAAAGAAAGAUCUCUGCUCAUGAUCUGAACUGGCAAGCAAGUGCCGAGGGAGCAGGGAUCUGCCUUGGGCCUUCAGUUUGGCAAAGCACUUCUGUUUUUUCUUUCAGUUAAGUUUUGGUGGGAGAGUUCAUUACUUCCUUUUUCCCUCCUAAGGUGCUGAGGAGGCAGGAUGUUUUCUGUUCCCAAUUUCAUACCACUAUUUGCAACAACAAAACCUUGAACUGUCCACAUGCAUGUCGACAGCACUGACUGCAGGUACACCCAGCUGCACCCAAAUGAUGAGGAAGAUGCUUCAGGUUUUUUUGUUUUCCAUCACCCUCUGAAGGGACCAGUGUGAGGUGGCUUGUUUGUCCUGGGUACCUGACUCUGGAAGGCAACUUGAGUAUGAAUGACAUCAGUAUGGCAAGAGCUUAUGUGUAAAGGUACACAGCCACUCCCCACAUGGGACUCAGGCCAAAAAUAGCUACAGCAGAGACCCAGUAAACAGCAGGGUUUAAAACAGCUACUGUUUUCCCCUGUUCAGUUUAUAAAUUGUGGUACUGGCUGCCACAAGCUGUUGUGGAGCUCAAAAAUAUGAAGUGGAAUUUUCCAUGUGCUUGGUGGCUGGGCCCUUGGUGUUGCUGAGCGGUUGUGUGCAGGUGGCACCUUCUGGCUCCAGAAGACUCAUAGCUGGAGGCUGAGAAGACAGAGUGGCUCCAGAAGACUCAUGGCUGGAGGCCGGGAAGACAGAGGAGGAGUCAUUCUCUGUGCUGAGCACAGCCACAGCCUCUGCUCCUCUGUGUUACUGUCACCGUACUUGUGCUUCAACAGUAACCACCAGGGGACUGUUUCACCCUUAAAAACAACUUUAAAAACCUUAAAUCACUCUUAGUAAAUAUUUCUGCUCUUGGUUAUCCUGCAUAAUCCAUAGUAUGUCCCAAAACCCCCUUCAUUUUUUCUAGUUGUUCUGAGUCUGGGUUUCAGUCUGUCCUCUGAAGACUGAGUGCUGCCCAGUCAUCCCCUUCACAGAGCCCCACUCUCUGGCUAGCUCCACUUGGCUUAAUAGAAUAAAAUAAAAAUGUAUUUCAUCUCA